AUGCCGAUCGACUACAACAAGUGGGACCGGCUCGAAGUCUCAGACGACUCCGACGUCGAGGUGCACCCAAACGUCGAUACCAAGAGUUUCAUUCGCGCAAAGCAGCGUCAGAUACACGAACAACGAGCCCAGCGCAAACACGAGAUCGAGACUCUCAAGUAUGAACGCAUCGUCAACGAUGGCCUCCUCGAACGUAUCAAUGCCCUGUUGGAUGCUCUCAAGAAGCACCAGGCGGAGGCAGCCCAGAAGAACCCUGACGAACUUGUCUUCCAAUCCCUGAUCGAAAGUGCUGGUGACCCUGCCAAAGAUGAGCCGCCCAAGCCUCCAGAGGGUGUGUACACGCAUCAAAAGGAACAGCCGCGGUAUUCGAAGAUGAUGGGCGCAUUGAUAGAUCAGGUCAAGAAAGAGGUGGAUGAGAAGAAAGAUUCCUCUACAGACAGAUAUGCGGACUUUGUGCAGGGGGUCAACGGUCACCUUACGAAGGUUCAAAACUUACAGCAAGACCUUUUAAAACGGCUGGCACAGCUGGAGAAGGAGGCCACCGCCAAAAUCACAAGCGAGGACAUCCAUGUCGGGUUUGACUCUUCUCAUGUCAACAGACCAAAACCGAAGCCAGCAAAGACCGAGAAGCCCAAAGCAAACGAAUCGACCAAGACCGAAACAGUAGAAUUGCUGAAUGCCCCCAAAGGCAUAAGCUCGAAGACACGCGAAGCCCUUCAACCUGUAGAUGGAGGGGUUUCGUCCGGUGCAGAGGCAGACAUUGAAGACGGAUCUCUUAUCGAGAAGCACGAAGACGAUGACGAAGAAGAGGAGGUGAACAUCAAACUCACACCUGAAGGCAAAGAGUUCGCGAAGAUCAGGAUUGGCGACUAUCGUGCGUGCCUCCAGUAUAUCUCAGAGCAUCCUGAGAUUGUGAACGAAAAGACGCAAGAUGCACUCAUGAUCGAGGCGUUUAAUGCCCAGAUGAAGGGCCAAGACGCCUAUGCACGAACGUGCGUGCACCAGAGUCUCCUCAUUCAGUACUGUCGACAGCUGGGCCGCGACGGCGUUGGGAUGUUCUUCAAGCGCAUCACGACCAAAGGUCACCAAGCGCAACAAGUAUUCAACAAGGAUCUGGCCGAGACAUAUGGCAGAAUCAAAUUCCGAGCCGCAGAGCUACAAAAGGAGGAAGGAAAUGAUCCGGCUGGCGUAGAACAAAUCCAACUUCAUGCCGUCGAGCCCGGAACAGAAAUCCACAUCAACGUGCCACAAGCUGAGUCGGAUGAUCCCGUUGAGCAAGAGGCACGCAAGAUUUUUGACCGCUUUCCUCCCGGCCUGCAACGAGCGUUGCAAAGCGGAAGUCUGGACGAAGUCAACAAAGUUCUGGGAAAGAUGAGUGUCGAGGAGGCUGAAGAAAUCGUCGAGCUGCUUGGUCAGGGCGGCAUGCUAAGUCUCCAAGAGGGUGUGAUUGAUGCCACCAACGAAGAGGGCCAGAAGAGACUAAAGGAGAUUGAAGAAGAGGAGAAGCGAAAGAAAGCUGCCGGUGAAGCAGGCGAAGCUCAGGGCGUGGGCGAGCCGGGCGACGCUGUUGAUGCAUACGACGUUGAUUGA